AUGAAUAAACCCCUUUUCCUACUUCAGUUGGCAAAUGAAAAUUCACCGCAAGCGGAUAAAUCCAACACUGAAAACACGUCAAAUCGAGCAAAAUCAUCAUCCGUUGAUGACCGGCGAUUACCCCUCAGGGGUGACACAAGUGCUUCAGCGGAGCAGACACAAGUACACCAACUGCAAUUGGAUGAACUAUCGGCAUCGGGUUCUAAGCCCUCGCUCUUCGUCCAUCUGCACAAACAUCGCAGACGGCACCAUAGGAAGAUUAUUCGAGGGCGAAUCUUUGGAUUCCUUGCUGAUUGGAGUAGUAAGUUGAUUUGA